AUGACCAGAGUCAAGGAGGGAUACACCGAGGCCUGGACAUUGGCUUUAGAGUCUGCAGCCGCUAAAGCUAUCUCCCAAGAGGAGGAGAGAAAGGCCAAACAGGAGCUGGAGAAAGAGAAGAGUUGUGCUAAUGCUCUUGCCAUCGACGUCGAUCAGCUGAAGAAAACCUUGCUAGAGAAAGAAGGAGCCGUUAGUGCUGCGGGCAAGCUGAUUGAGGACCUACAGGCUGAAAUCGAGAACUAUCUUGCUGAACCAACUGAAGAUGGGCAAGAUCCAAAGACACCACUUCAAGCUAUAACUCAUGUUCUGCCCAAGUCAUCUUCUCUCCGCAAUAUUGGCAUGGAAUCCAUACAGAUGAAGAAAAAUGCCAAAGUUGCUGCAAUGUGCAAGCGUGUGGAAGAACUUGAGGGCGAAUUGCAAGCUGAGAAGAAGGGAUCAGUGGGGCUGCGAUCACAGGUGGCUGAUUUGGAGAAGAAAGUAGAGGACCAGAAUGAGACUGCAAGGAAGAAUGAAGAAGAAACCGAGAAACUGAAACAACAAGGAAAUGAAAUCCAAUCCUUCCUUCGCUCUUUGGAGGAGCCGUGCAGCUCCACGUUCUGCGACGUGGGCUACAUCCCCGAGAAGAGGGACAGCUGGACGGACCGCCCGGACUUCACUGCUCAGGUGGCCGACCUGAUGAAACUGAUCGACUGCAGCGAGGAAGAGCAUAACCGUCCCGCCCCGACCACCGAGGACAGAGUGGCGGGGAAAAGGCCACUGGUGGCGGAUCCAUCCCCUGCGGAGACGCUGCCGGCAGAGAGCAGCCAGGCACUGAAGCGCCAUCGGCUCGUCAGGAUCACUGAUGACGACGACGACGAGGAGGAGGCCGCGCCCUCCUUGGUUCGGAGGCCGCGCAGUCGUUCGGAUGUCGCGCCGAUCACUGGCGAUCGGGUGACCUGUGACCCUCCUGCUCCUCACACCGAGCCGACACGUCUUGGGGCGACAAAGGCGGCAGCGGCGACCGGUAGGACCAGGAGGAGGCGUUUGACAUUGGUAAGAUGCAAUGUUUCUGCUAGUGCGGCGUCUGACGUUGAUCCCGACAAUGUCGCUGGGCAGAGGACAGCCGAGCCGGCGGCUGUCGUCGGGGACGCCGUGCAGCAGACCGCCCAGGAACAGCCCGAGGAGCAGCCGCGGCGACGACCGAAGCUGAGAGGUGCAAUGAAAACGGCAAAGUACCGGAAAAGGUGCUUCGAUCAAAUUGAGGGCAUCGUGGCCGAGAACAAGGCCCUGUCCACGGAGGUGGAUCGGCUUCGGUUGGAGGCCGAGGAGAGGACGGCCGAGAUGAGUGCUUAG